GGCCCCUCCCACCUCAGCAAAAGCAUUACAUACUGCUGGUGCUUGUGCUCUUAGCAACGGUGCCUCAGCAACAGAGCCAAGGCAACAGAGCUCCACGGCAACAGAGUGCCGUGUCUCCCCAAUGGAGUUGCCAUUGGGCGGACCAGCUCUCAGGCACUACACCCAGAGCAGACCAAGACCUCACCGGCAAAAACUCAACUAUCGUCCCAGCAGACCGCAGGAGACAAUAAUUGAGAGUGAAAAUGAAGUCCUUGAGCUCAUCGGGCGUGUUGAUGAAGGAGUGGAGGAGUUCUUUACCAAGAAAGUUCUUCCUGCUGAGAUGGAGAAAAAGCAAGAUGAGGAACCAUUACACGAGGAGUCCAUCACAGUGGACGAAGUGGUUCCUGCCACCUCAAUCCCCUGCCCACCCCCCACAAAAACACUCAGGAGGAAGCUUGGGGAUUUCUUUACCCUCAGAAAGAGACGAGGUGUGAAAUCAGAGCCUGGCCAUGAGGGCCGACCCAAGAAGGCUUCCAUCGCUGAUCUCAUUCGUCCUCUUAGGGAGGCGGCCAGAGCCGAGAAAGAAAAAGAUAAGGACAGAGUCAAAGAACACGACAAGGAGAAUGAAAAGGAGAAAGGGAAAGAGCAACCCAGUAGUAUCACCGGAGAGUUAGCUGUGCAGGAAACACUCGCCUCGGAUGCGCCGCCACUGAGGGGAGAAGUGGCGCCACCACGCCGUGCUCUCAGAGAAGGGAAAUCCCAGUCUCUUAUUUUACUGUCUGGUUCAGCAGCAGGGACCGCCAAUGCCAGAAAGAAACAACUUGAAGGACAACACAGCUUUGAACAGAAACUUCAUCUUAUGCUUCAGCGUAUUGGAGUUUCCAAAGCUCAGCCAGAAGAGACACAGAAUCCAGAGAGAGAGAUGAAAAAGGCAGAAUCUGAAGGCACCAUUAUUGACAGUAAAGCUGAGCCAACACCGACUUUCACAAAACACAGAACUAUGUCAGCAUCAUCAGAUACGAGGCAUCAAAUUCGACCAAGCAUGUCAGCACAUGAGUCAGCUGGAAAGCCACCAUUGCUUCCAAAGCCAGUCAUCAAGCCCACAUCUGGCCGCAACACGCCUGAGAAUGAGCUGGUCCAAAUAGAAGAAGGGGAAACAAGCACACCCACUAACAUAAAGAGUCCAACUGCUGCUCCAUCUGGCCCCGCUACUCCUGCUGUAACCACAAACGUCACCUCUGACUCGACCAAUGCUCCUAUUUCCUCUUCUUGUACUGUAACAUCCGACUCUGACUUACCUACUGUUAACACUGAUGCAACACCCACAAAAGGUACAGAUCAAGAUGGCAAACCUUCUGAGUCGAAAGCUGAGCCUGUUAGCACAGAACCAUCCUCCUCUAGUUUCCCAACAACUCUUACAGAACCCUCCACCCCUGUCCCUAGUACUUCCACUUGCUUGGAGUCUAUUACUCCGAGCUUCUCUGCCACUUCCGACUCGACAACUUCCGUAACCAUCUUGGAAAACGUUUAUGAUAAUCGCAGUGAAAGCCUGGCAAAAUCAACAGAUGUGUCAGUAAAGCCGGCAAGACCAGAGUCAAAUGGCACAGUUUCAGUUGGUGAUGAAGCCAUUACUGUCAUCGCCACUGCAGCAACGACUAUCCAGGUAGCAGAUGUCAAACCUGAUGCUGCAACCACCACCAGUUCUGUUACUGUAGCUAGUGAUGACUUAAUUUCAGUCCCCCCUACAAGCCCGAUAUCGUCAAAAAGCACUAAAAGCACAUGUGUGGCCCAGAGCUCAACUCCUCCCACAUCUGAUACCCCCAUUACCAGCCCCUCCACCCUUCCUCCUGCCAGCACCAACUCCAUUACCACCACAACAUCUACUGACUGCAUCGACUCUUCUUCCUCCAUUGUCCCCCACUCCCCAUCCAGCAAAAUCAACAUCACAGACUCCAUCUCCACUACCACAAGUAACGCAGGUGUAACGACCACAGAUGCAAUUACCUCCCCGCUCACGACUGACCCACUUUCCUAUAAGAAGACCAGCUCAGUUAUUACCUGCCUCCUUGCUUCUGAUGACUCCAGUUUAACCACUCCAGCACUCACCCAUGAUAGUCCAGGACAAGAUUUACAGGCAAAUAUUGAUGAAAGAUCAAGUCCGACGUUUAAGGACAUAGACGUGGAGCAAAAGAGCAAACAAACUGAAGGCAAGGUAGUCACGGAUGAUGCAGAAGAGAGUGAGCCUUGUAAGGAGAAAGCAACUCAAGAAAACAGUGAUGUGACAAAGAAAGAAGUGCAAGAGGCAAGUGUGAAAGCUGAAGAUAUCGCGGUGGCAACUGAAGUGGUGGCGACUGAACCUGAAUUGGAAAAGGAGCGCCUAAACCCAGAAGAAACAAAGUCUGUGGAUGGAAAGUAAUUAAAAAGAAUAUAUAUGGAAUUGCUUAAUUUGGGACCAACUACUGUGAAGUAGGCAGGUUAGGCCACAGUAAAGGGUAAAGGUUAAAUGAUCCAUGGCACUUCCUAUACAGGGACCACCAACACAACAGCAGCACACCACACACACGGUGGGCCACUGGACCAAAGAACUGAGAUCCCCUUGGUGUGAUGUAAUCAACAAUUCCAGCAGUGUCUUUGUCCUUUUUUUAAACUUGUGUUUGAAUUUUGCAUUGCACGUAUGAUUAUGUACCAUAAGAAAAAUACUGUGUUUUAAAGACACCAUGUUUACAAUAGAUGGAUAAGAGAAAAUAGAUAUGACUAUUAAAUGGAUUAUUGAAUUGA